GGUUUAGUCAGUCGGGUGUAAUAGUAAUUAGAAAAAACUUUUUCUUGUUCCUCGAACCAUUUUUUCAGACAUUUUAAACAUGAGGAGCUUUUUAUUUUUUCAUUUGGCAGUUGUUGCAUCUCUGCUAUUUGUAUGUGAUACUAAUAAAUUAACUAAAUCAUUCAGUAAGUUAAUUGGAAGUAAGCCCAGUUGCAAAGACAUUCUAAAAAAUAAAGGGACGCCAGAUAAGAAAAAUUUCUCUGAGUUUAAAAACUAUGGUUACCCAAAUUUUGACGAUAAGACAACAAAGAUAAAGCUUGAACCAAGGGGUCCACUUUCUGUUCUAAAUGGAUUUAAAAUCCCUAUAAGAUUGGGAGCGGAAGAUUAUUGUAUCGCCGGUGAUUCAGACAAAUUAAAAACUUUUUUUGAAUGUUUUGGGCAAUAUGAAGUGAUUGGGUCAGAAUUAGAUAUGGAAGGAAAGUGGGUAAAUAACACCGGAACUAUAAAAAUACAAAUAUCAAACUUAUCUAAAGGACCAAAGCUAACAGACAGCAUGUAUGAAAUGGUUUUUAAAAUGGGAUUGGAUAAAAUCCAGAAUUAUUUAGAUCCAAGUAAAAUAAUUGGCUUAGAAAUAUUUGGUGGCCCUAAAGGUAAUUUAAAAGACCUUAAAAAGCUAAAAAAAGCAUGGAAUACAGCUAAAAAAUACAUACCACUUCCCGAAAAUGCAGUUAAUAAAAUUGCAGAAAUUUCUGCCAGGGAAAUUUCCCUGCCAGACAAAAUUGAACAAGUUUUUCAACUAAUAAAAAAAGAAACGGAUGCUAUAAAAGCUUCAAAAUCAUCAUGGAAGGAACCAAAAAACGUCACAAAAAAUAAAGAAUUUUUAGUUACAUUGACGAUGUAUGCAAGACCUGAAAAUAAUGUGAGAGCUACCUACGACACUUUAAAACCAACUGUUACCCUGGAAGAGAUUGGUACUGCUGUAAACACAUUUAUCACGAAGAUACUAAAGUAACCACAGUACUAAAAUAAGCCAGCCUAAAAAAACCAUUUCUUUAUUAAGUAAAAUGUAAUCUUGAGACUGUCAUAAAAAAUUAAAUAUAAAGCUUA